AUGGCCAUCAACACGGACACCGACUUCCAGAGGUCCGCCUUGGGCGAGGGCGGAGGAGGCGCUCGGCCUGCGGACUCGCUGGAGACGGAGAAACUCCUGGCGCUGACCACCGAGCCCGGCGGAGACGGGAUGAAGAUCUCCACCUCGUUCACGGUCAACGUGGGCGGCGACAAGGGCCCGGAGGCCGACCAGAACGGCCACGGAGUCGCCGUGAGAUCGGGCUCCGUCGGGCAGCUGGCCGCCGCCGCCUCGCUCUCCCCGUCCAAGGCCAGUCUGAGCCGCUCCUCCACCGGGAACGCUACCGUCCAGGAGACCCCGAAGCCCAAGGAUUACCUCAUCCUGGUCAUCUUCUCCUGCUUCUGCCCCGUGUGGCCCGUCAGCAUUGUCGCACUGGUGUACUCCAUCAUGUCCAGAAACAGUCUCCAGGCAGGGGAUAUGGACGGGGCCAGGAGGCUAGGUCGACUGGCUCGUCUGCUCAGUAUCGUCUCCAUCGUCCUGGGUGUGCUCAUCAUUGUAAUCUACGUCUCAGUUUCAGGUACAGAAAUAAAGACAAUUGAAGAGGAUGAUCUACGUAUGAGAGAGUGA